AUGAAGGUCUUUUCGUCCAUAUGUACUUUUGACUAUUCAUGGGAUGAGGUUUCCACGGCGAACUGGCGCAAAUACUGCCCGUGGAAUGACAAAGCAACCCAUGUUGUUGGCGUUGACACCAUCUCAAGAGUCAUCGAUAGCAAGACUGGCAUCCUUCGAACUGAACGCCUCAUUACGUGCAACCAAUCAGUCCCGCAAUGGGUUCUCUCUCUGUUUGGUGGAUCUGCUACCUCACACGUAUACGAGGUCUCCUACGUUGAUCCUGCCGCCAAAAAGGUGACCAUGUGUUCCACCAACCUGACAUGGUCGAAUGUUUUGAAUGUUCGGGAAACCGUGGUAUAUCAGCCGUCAACCAUCUCGCCUUCUACCAGUACGCAAUUUGAACAGGAGGCCAAAAUUACUGCCCUGUGUGGUGGCUGGCAGAAGAUCAAGAACAAGGUUGAAGAAGCGAGCGUGGAAAGAUUUCGGGAAAACGCCAAACGAGGUCGUGAAGGUUUUGAGACCGUUUUGGAGAUGAGCCGGCGUGUUUUUGGAGAGCAGAGAGAUCUUGAAAACAUCCGCCUGCAGUCAUGA